AUGAGCGAUAGGGGUGGGGAGGACGCGGGACAGCCGGCGGCGUCCCCGCCGCCGCCACUCGAGUGGAAAUUCUCUCAGGUGUUUGGGGAGCGGACGGUGGGGGAGGAGGUCCAGGAAGGUAGGUCUUUUCCCGACCCCCUCGCGGGUUUUGGAGUUCAGUGGUUUUGCUUUUGGUUCCUAGGGUUUCAUUGCAUGGUCUCGUAGCGUCACUGUGCGCCGUGAUUUAGAUUUAUCCGGGAUCAUAAAUCUUUCGUCUUCUCCCUUUCGAUUCUCUGUGGAUUGAUGAUGGAGUCUGAUCGACACUUGCGAAUAGGCCGAGCUUCCACAGCAAUGCGACUCAAUUGAAGGGAGUCAUGCAUACCAUUGGGUACCGAAGAAUUUGAGAUGUAUGUGUAAUCUGAAGAAAACGUGGAGAGGUUUCAUCAUUUAUUGUGGAACGAAGGGUUCAUUCUAUGAACCUAGCAAUAUUUUGGCUUUAGUUGUCUGGGUGAUGUUUUCUUGUUCAUUCCGUCAUUUGAGGCGCCGAGGAUGAUCCCCCGUUGCCUUUAACAACCAUCUCACACCAUUUCAGCCCUGGUCUAGUUUGAACUUAGAUCCUCCAUUUCUUGAGGCAAACGGUAUGUCUAACUGAGCCGCGGUGUGCGGCUUUAUAGGGAAUUUUUCUGCCUUCUCAUUAAAAAUGUCUUGUCAGUUCAUGUGGGGUUUAACUUGAUGUUUUCUUGGGCUGCACCAGAUUGGCAAAGAAUCUAGUUCGCUAAGUGAUCAAUGAUGAUUGUCACAACUAAUUUAUAAUAUGACAAUGGCCCGAGAGCAUUUAUUGUCGGUUUAUUUAUUGAUGUGCUAUUUACACCAGCUUACUGAAGUGAGCAUGCCCUAUUCUGUUUUUUUAAAAUCAUGAAUCACCCCUAGCAUGAUCACGAAGUUUCAGAUUUUUAACAUCAGAAUGAGUAUGUAGUUAUUUACUGUGCCAUUUAGUGUGCCAUUUUUUCGACCUUAUGGAAAGGUCUGAUCAACAUUAUGCCAUGAAGACGUUAAGGGUGGCCACUAUAGUCGUUUAGGAGAUAUGUCCCCUCUAGGUGAAUUAAAGAAGGUAGGAUAAAUCUUGCUCAUUAAACUAUCGUCGUGUCCAUUUCUUCAAAGAAUAAAUAACUCUUUUGAUUGUGGAUGAAAUUCAAGGAUAAAUCGUGCUUUUAGACGAUGGUGUAUUCUUAAAGUACGUGUAAAACUUACUUGUACGAGGUUGGUCAUUUCUUUCUACUUUUGAUAGUCACGAUUAGAGAUGCUGUUUGGGUUACUUGUUCAGGUUAUUAUCAUCUAGAGGUACCUAAUCAUUGGCCCUUGGUUGCAUGCCUACGGCACACAGUGGUUAGGAGCCAACUCUGUAUGUUUGUCUCCGUAUUAUUCCAAUUUGAUGUACUUUUUGAGCCGUAGAAUUUUUCUAGGACUGCUUUUGUCCCUUGAAUUAAUUUGCCUUUUUGAGCUACAUGUUCUGACUAUCAUCUGAUUGGCAGUCUCCAAUCUUGAACAGCUCUAAAUGACUGGCUGCUUUAAUAAUCGCGUGCUCAGAUCAUAUGUUGUGUCUUAGUGGCUGUUGUUAUUUCCUGCAAGACCCGAUUUGGAGGAUUUCAUGAGUGAAGAAAUUAUUUUUUCUAUCUUUUUUUACCUAAAGCGUGCUGUGGUCCGGCUGUUAGUUACUGAAUAUUCCCAAUAUCACUGGAUAGCAUCAGAAUUAGUAGCUGGCGAAUGUUGGAAAUGGUUUGGGUUGUCAGCAUGCUGACAAAAUUCUUAACAAAAAAAUGGCCUAGAUUUUGCAGAUUGUUAUCAUCUUCUAUUUUCUUGUUGUUUCUUUUUUGGUAAGUAUCGCAUUUUUCUUCCAUUUUUUUCAUGUAUUACUUGUCGUCCACUUAAUUGUUGUUCUUCUUAUUCUCUUGAAAUUAAAUUGCUUUUGUAGUGCCUAUGUAAUAAAUAUAUAAGGGAAUCAGUGAGUUGCUGCUAAGUAAGAUUGCGAAAAUUUCUUCUUACAUCCUGAGUUGUUUUCUUCCUUAUUGCCUUCUGCAGUUGACAUAAUCUCUGCUAUUGAAUUUGACAAAUCCGGUGACCAUCUUGCUACUGGAGAUAGAGGAGGACGUGUCGUAUUAUUUGAAAGGACAGAUACCAAAGACGUAUGUUCAACUUCUAUUUCCCUUUUUCUUGUACUAUAUUUUUUCUGAACUUCAUUCGUUUUAAUUAAUUUUUUUCUCUCUUUAUCCGCACUGCCCCCUCUUUAUAUUAUUGUUACUUCUGCCUGUUGGGCCAUAUAUCUACAGCAUACUGGUCGAAAAGAUCUCGAAAGGCUAGAUUAUCCUGUCAGACAUCCAGAAUUCCGCUACAAAACUGAGUUCCAGAGCCAUGAGCCAGAGGUAUGUAUCAUAUGUAUCAGUGCCGCAUGAAGCAGUGGAUUUAUUGUUUGAUGUUCUAAAAUAUAGACGGAACCUCUUUCCCUUGUCAGUUUGAUUAUCUAAAAAGCUUGGAGAUAGAGGAGAAGAUCAACAAGAUUCGUUGGUGUCAAUCAGCCAAUGGCGCGCUGUUUCUUCUCUCUACUAAUGAUAAAACAAUCAAAUUCUGGAAGGUAUGCAUGAUUCUUUAGCGUGUUCCUGUUGACAUCCCUCCCUCUCCCGCCUAAAGUGGCAGAUACGAGUGUGGAUUGCUUUAGCAUACCAGUACAACUGAGUGUUUUCACUUCCAAACAGUUCCGUUUGAUAGCUUCAGAUCUGAAAAAUGUAUUUACUGAAAAGUAUGGUACCGAAUAUUCUGAGAUCUAAUUCGUACAUUGUCGGUUUUAUGAAAACAACUUUAAAGAUCAGUGAAGUUCUUUGUAGUUCUUUGUGGAUUGGAUUCAUUGUAUGCUGUGGCAUCCCAUUAUUCUGGUUUUCUAUUUUGUGGAUUACUGUCCUGAAAAUACUACUAUGGCGGAUAGAUUUUGUUGUGCAUGUUUAUUCAUUUCCACUUUUAUUGUUCCCUGCACUUACAUGUCAUCAUCGUCAUGGCAUGUGUUUCUUUCAUACUUGGAUUUUACUCGUUAUAAGAUGUGCACUUCAUUGUACGAUGCAUAAAUGUCUUCCUCUGCGUUGUCUUUUCAUAGCUUUUGCAGCAUCUAUUCCUGAAAUAGUGCCUGGCAUUCUUUUUUUUAACAUGUCAGAAAUCAUUUCCUAACUUCGUUCUGUUAGUUCUUUGCAGAUUUUCUUUUCAGUGCCUUCUUUUUUAGUGUGUGGAAAUGCUGUAUAGAUCGGUUUUGAAGGGUCUCAUUGAGAGCAUAUACUUGUAGUUUUUUUUAAUAAUAUUUUUUAGUCUUGAAUUCAUGUUCAGUACCAGAAACUUCUCCUAGAAAAAAAAUUCUUCUUGUUUUUUUCUAUCUCCUGGGAAAAUUUUAUUUGUACUCACGACCAUGAUCUUUUGGAUUAUUCCAAAACGAUUGCGCAGUUUCGAUUAUGCUAAGUUGAUUCUUCGCUAAUUUGACUUUUGUUUACAAGAAAUGUGUCCCCGUUUGACUUGGAUAACAAGUACUGGUAAAUUUCCUCCAUUUUUUUCAUACUCUCCGGAUCCUUACUGCAUAGUUAAUGGUUCCUGUCUGAGUGUUUGCAGGUGCAAGAAAAGAAAGUGAGAAGAGUUUCUGAGAUGAAUUUAAAUGGACCGCAGCCCAUAGGAAAUGGUAGUAUUGCCGGUUCAAGUACAUCAGCCAGUUCCGGAACUCAUCUUCUGAACGGUGGUCAUGCAGAAAGAUCAUCCAAUUCUUUGGGCAUGGAACUCUCAAUUCCUCCUGGGGGAUUCCCUUCAUUGCGCUUACCUGUGGUGUGUGCACCCAACACUCAUUAAAUAAUUUUUGUUUCCUUAUUUUCUGCCGGCUGAGCAUGGAUUGUACAUCUUCCUUCAAAUUAAUCCUUUGCAAAACUGUUUAUUUGAUAUCUGAUGCGACCACGGAUUCAAUGGUGAGCUGCCAAAACUUGGUUAGAUUUUAGUGCAGACGCCCUCCCCCCCCCCCCCCCCCCCCCAACAGAAGCAUACAUUGAUUCAGAAACCUGAGUCACAUAAUGCCAUUAGGAUGACUCAGUUUGAUGCUGCGAAUACUGCCAUAAAUAACUAAUUAAUCCAUCAUCAUGAUGAUUUAAUCUUCUUAUCUGUCGUUAUUGAACAAUGUUUCUUAUCUUUGCUUAUUGUGUUCUUUGUUUUGGAGUCUGUAAUAACAUUUGGUGUGCAUGUGUCUGUUUUAGGUUGCCAGCAAUGAGACCAAUCUUCUUGCUAGAUGCAGGAGAGUUUACGCUCAUGCUCAUGAUUAUCACAUCAACUCCAUAUCAAAUAACAGGUAUGCACAAUCGUUGUUUAACCUAUGAAAACACAGUUUCUCUUCCUAUUGCCUGCAGCUCCUCCCCUCUCUUCCUAAUUACUCUCAAUUUUUUUGAGCCUUCACCUCAAUACCUGAUGAUAUGCCUCGCAGUCUGCUACCCGUGUCUUUGACUUGUAACCUUUUUUCCCAUUCAAGAAAGAAGUAUCAAUUUCGUCUUCUCUUUGUGACUUUCUUGAUGUGGCAUGGGGUUUGACUUCGAUCCUGAGGAUUGUAGGUUGGGGGAGGAAUUUGAUUGCAAACACAGCAAAUGCGCAUGUGUCAAUCGUUCCAAGUCAAACCAUUUUGAAUAUAAAUUGGGUGUUUUCUUUUAAUUGGAGAUCCUACCCAGUAGCCAAUUUCUCCGAACUUGUACUAUAUUUGACGCCGUUUUUAAAAGAAAAAUGUUUUUUUUGGGAAUAUUUUCAUCUGUAUAUAUGGGCCAGAACAUUCGAAGGAGGCUCACACUAAUCAUGGAAAAAUUAUCAAGAGAGCAAUGAAUAAGGUAUACAUCGCACAAGUCCCACUUUGAUGAAUGAAUGCCCUCUAAAUUGCUCAGAAAUUUCGAUUUUUUUACAUUUUUAAAAAAGUGAAAAUGACUAGAAUUGUAGAAAAUUAAAGUGAUAAUGGGAGAUGGACUGCUGAUCAUAUCUGAAACUCUUAAUGCUGUAAUGGUGUAGAGCAACAAAAACUACCAAUGUCGAACAUCCAGAAACAGGAUUAAUCGGGAGGCAAACCUGAACCAGAACUAGAACCGACAUUAUCCAUAUAAGUAGUUCUAUGUCUCGUUGUUAAAGCCAUGGCCUUCCUCUUAGAUCUUGUCAGGUGCGUUUAUUUCGUGUGGAAUGGAUGCAGUUUCUCCCUUUUAUGUCGAUAUGAAUGACGUAUAUAAGAUCAUGAUGCACAAAAAAUAAAGCGACUUAUUAUUUCUCUGAAGAAAAUAUUUCCUGUUUUUCUGCAAUUAUCCAUUUUACUGACUCAACUAGUUUGGUAAUCACUUGUUUAUUUUAUUUUUUAUUUUUUUUUUAUUUUUAUUUCAGUGACGGUGAGACUUUUAUAUCAGCUGAUGAUCUGCGGAUUAAUCUCUGGAACUUAGAAAUAAGUUAUCAGAGCUUUAACAUCGUUGACGUGAAGCCUUCAAAUAUGGAGGAUCUGACAGGUCUGCAUACCAACCUGUUCCAACUGGGCGCGCACGCGCGCGCGAUUGUGCUUAUCAUUUAUUUCUAUGCUAUAUUUAGCUAUCUUCACAUUUUUAGAAGUCAACUUUUGUCACUGGUCAAAGGAGCAUAUGAAUAUCUGUGAAAACUGAUUUUAUUUUUUUCUCGUGGGUCGCAGAAAGAACUCUGAUCACUACCACCAGUACAUGGAAUCGUUUUUAUUUUAUUUUUCUUUCUCUUUUUGCGUAUAUUGUGAGGUAAAAUGGGUCACGAGGUGGGAUCAUUUCCUCUGCAGAGGUGAUAACCGCCGCAGAGUUUCAUCCUCUUCACUGCAACACGUUGGCAUACAGCAGCUCGAAAGGCUCCAUCCGGCUCAUUGACCUGCGGCAGUCAGCGUUGUGCGACAAUCACAGUCAGCUGUAAGCAGCCGUCAAGGUCAACGAUUUUCCAAUAAAUCUGGGUUGAUAUUUUCCCUAACAACGGAGACUAAUGCAGCUUUGAGGAGCACGAAGUAGCUGGUUCAAGGUCAUUCUUCACGGAGAUUAUAGCCUCCGUAUCAGAUAUCAAGUUCAGCAGAGACGGAAGGCACAUCCUCAGCCGCGAUUAUAUGACCCUCAAGGUCUGGUCUGCUUCAGGCCAAGUCCAUAAAACCUCCAUCUUGUCUGUGUUCCUCUCUCUUUUAUUCUUUGUUUUCUCCCAUUAAUCUCAUGAAUCUGCUCCUGGUUUUCGCCCUCGCCCGCCGUGAUCCGCAGCUCUGGGACAUCAACAUGGAUUCCGGCCCUGUGGCGACCUUCCAGGUCCACGAACAUCUGCGGCCAAGGGUGAGUGCUUCUAGCAGAGCAUUCCGUCCAGGGCAAGGCCUGCUGUCUGUCUUCUUGCUAGCUGAUCCCCUGCUCUUUCUUCCCCAGCUCUGCGAUCUGUAUGAGAACGACUCGAUCUUCGACAAGUUCGAGUGCUGCCUCAGCGGGGACGGCUCCCGGGUCGCCACCGGCUCCUACAGGUGAGGAUCUCAGCCGCCGAGCUCCAUUUUUGGGUAGAAACGAAUUCCGUGGAUGACGAUGGGGAUCUUUCUCUUCCGCAGCAACCAGUUCCGCGUCUUUGGCACCGUUCCUGGGAGCAGCGAGGCGACGACACUGGAGGCCAGCAAGAACCCGAUGAGGUGCGGGGUUUUUUCAUCUUCGGGUAGUCUCGAUGCUUUUGAAGAUCUCUGAGCGGGUCUGGUUUGGUUUCUGCAUCAGGAGGCAAGUCCAGCUCCCGGCUAGGCCAGGAAGGUCGCUCGGCAGCCUGACUCGGGUCGUCCGGCGAGGUUAGUAGUAGCUGCUGAACCAGAGAUCUCUGGCUUCAAUUUCCAUCUCUUUCUUCACUCGAUGGCGUCUCAGAGGCGGUGUUUUUGCAGGGGGGGAGAGUCUGGGGGCCGAACCCGAUGGAAGUCCGCACGAUUUCACGACCAAGUUGCUGCACCUCGCUUGGCACCCGAGUGAGAAUUCGCUCGCCUGCGCUGCCGCCAAUAGCCUGUACAUGUACUAUGCCUGA